GUUUGAGCUUAAAAAACGUCUUUUCCUGGAGUAGAUUUAGUGACUACCUAACUAACUAUGACUUCGUAGUGGCACGCAGAGAGCCAGAUCUUUGACCUGUGGGCCAGCUGGCUCCUGUCUUUGAUUUGUUUAUCAUAAAUCAAUAAGCGCUCCGCGAACAGUUACAAUCCCCCCACUAAUGCUCAUCAUCAUCAUCUUCAGGUGUGAAAUCAGUCAAGUGACAAGUGGGCCCAAAUUUUGGUGACCCUGGGUCAGCAUGAGGCCACAGCUCUGUGUUUACAGAUGAGGUGACGGCACAUGCCACCAGGCCUUUGAAAUGUGACUAGGUGAGCGGAAUGACGAGAUAAUCUCUGAUUUACGAGUUACAGUAGCUUUGGAGGGGGAAACAGCUCAGCAAGGAGCCCUGCUAACUGGGUGCUCGCAAUACGCAUAGCAGAGUCAAUAUGGCCGUUUGAAGCAACAAGAUAAGCUCCACUGGAUGUGUUUACUACACCUCUGAAUAGAUGUGGUGGCAGAUCAAGCUCUGAAAACAGAAAACAAGAGAUAAUAAAUAUGUAGAAACAUGCUGCCUGGGAAAGGUUACCUUUUUUUUUUAUCUUUACAACAAAUUGAACAGUGAGAAAUGUAAACGGAAAACAUCUACACAUGCUUCUGUUAGUUUAAAUGUUAUUUAUACAGGCCGGUUUACUAAGCGCCACUUCUAGUUUACAGCAGAGACCUGAGGCAGCAGAGCCAGGAAGUUGACCAGACCAAACAACCCCGUAAGAGCCCUGCAGCACAGAGGAGCAGGACACUUCAUUGCUGCAGAGGUGGUUUUACUGCCUUGCUCAGGGGCGCUUGAAUGGCAGUUGAUGAGUAGGGGCGAAAAAGAGCUUCUCAUUCACCGAGUUUAAGAUCUUCACAAGUCCUGCGGGCUUUUAAAAAUGGCAAUGCGUAAGCUCUCUGGUGGAGUGGGUUCAGUCCGCGAACAAAGAUUAGCAACACGAGACAAACAUAAACAUGCCACAGUCAGCAGUCCCCUGGAAACUCCAGAAAUAUCCACUCAGUAUCUUAUCACCGACAAAUAAAGCUGAGACCACUCACUGAUGUCAGCUCUCUUGGUUUGACAAAGUGUGAACGGUAGUUUCUCAACUGAGCCGAUGUCAAAGGAACAUUUGUGCCGCCUCAGAAACAGCAGAUAUAUCGUUUAUAAAGGUUUUAUGCUGUGUUUAUAAAGAUUUUAUAACUUUUACAGCUCUUUUAAUAAAAAAGACAAUUUAAAAAUCUACUAGUCUGUUAAUCUGUAGCUCCUACAAUGUGAUCAUUUAAGGCUGAAGAAGAAAAUCAAUCACUAUCUUUGAAUUAUUCACUUUAGAAGUCUAAAAAAACGUGUCUCUUAUCACUGAAGACAUUAUUCAUGUCUAUUUUUAGAGGCUGACCAGUGUGUUUUCCCCACAAGCUGCAAGACUGACAUGCUUUAUCUUAACUACAGCUAUAAAGAGUAGUUUAAAGGCUUACGCUUUAUUUGUUUAACACAAACUGGAGUUCCAGCUGAGUAAUCUGAAGGAAAAUAUCCAGACCGGGUGUAAAAAAAGCUCGAUUUUGUCUUUUUCAGGAUUUGUGUUCAAGCUAGAGUGGCUUCUCCCUCCUCUCUGCCACUUCCCCUCCCCCAUUCUGUGUAAAAACAAAUCUCCUUUUCUGCUCUCGGCCUGAAACUAUUGAGUCAACAAAUGUCACUGCAGCAAGGCAGGGGCUGCUGGGAAAGAGGUGGGGUCGCCGUUUAAGCCUGAACUGAAGCUAAAGGCAGAUUAUUUUCAGACAAGACCCACCUGUUCGUGAAGAAAAGAGGAAUUAAACUGUUUAGAGAGUGGCGGUGCUGUUAACGGUUAACACGGUGGUUAAAAAUGUGGUGAUACAAAAUAUGUUUGUUGUUAAAGAUGCAAUAUCAUGUCUUUCUUGCCUGCCUAUUAAACCAAUCCUCAAACUUCCAGCUCUGCAUAAAGACGAUAAAACAGAAACCCUCAACGGUAAAAGGUCCAAAUGACUUUUCAUGACUUUCUUGAGUUUCAGUAGCGAGUGUCUUUGGAUGAGUUUGUCUUUCAAAGCCCUCUCAGCCCACUUUUUUCCCUCUCACACAGCCCUCUCUAUCUCUCUCUGGCCCACGUGGCCAGUGUCAACAGGAGGUGGGUCUUGGCAGCCACAUGAAGCAAAGUUAUGCUGCCUGUAUGCAGGCUGCAGAGUUGUCUUACGCUCCACUCUAAAAAUGAGUCAGCCAGUCAGACGAGGCGUGCCAAAAUAAGACACAGCAGCUGGAAAAUGAGAGCGCUGCUAAACUGGUUUGACUCCAAACUGGCCCACUCCGAUUUUGCUGUAAUAGACUCCAAAAAUGAGGGCUAUUGCACCAGAGGGGAACUUCUGCAACCAAUGACAGAGGAAGAAAGAAAAUGAAAGGAGGAAGUUGAGACUGGUGUUAGACGAGAGGGAAAAACCCUGAGUCACUUGGCUUCCUGUCUGAGAAAAAAAAGGAAGGGGGGUUGGAGGCAUCUUUUACCCUGCCUCAGCCAGAGCAGUUGAGAGCGGUGCAAUAUUCAACAUAAAGUGCACUGGGGGUGGAGUCCUGUCCUGCUCACUAAAUCCACUCCAGUGCUUCAGGGCAGCCAUCAUAGUGUUCACUAUUGUGUGCGGCUGAGGGAAGAAGAAAAAAAAAGAGGAGGGAGCAGAGGAGGGAAAGAAAACCUGUCUCUUUGUGUGGAGAGGACCCGGCAGGAAAGUGAUUUUGUGAUUAUUUCGGCUUGCCAGCAAAGCAAGGCUCUUCCCCCUGACCUGCAGCAACAUCUUGUCUACUUUGCGCCUGUGUAGUCUCACAACUAGAGCCACAUGAGUGUGCCUCUCCGGCCGCCAAACAGCGACACCAGGGCUUCUCCUGAUGAUGAGAGCUGACGUCAGACUGGUUUCCAUGAAUAUUGAUGUGGGGGAUAGUCUGUUUCAUAGAAGAACAGAAGGAGGCAAGAUGGCUGCCCUUUAGGAUUUGUUAAAGAGGAGAUCCAGACGGUUUAUUGGAAUUUCUACAAAGUGGAGGGACGUAAACAGGAGGUGAGAAUUUGCUUAGUGUGUUGAUACUCUGCUCAGCUCUUUCUCUUUUGACCAUGGCUGUUUUUUUUUUAGUGUUUGGUGUAUCAGGCGAGGAAUGGCAAAUGUCCCCCACCGUAAAGCAAGAGCCAACAUAAUAAGGAGGGGAUAUUAGAUAAAGCUACUCCAACAUGGCUGACGAUUUUUCUUUCUUUUUUUGCCAGCUGAGACUGAGAGAUACCUUUAUCUGCUCUGUGUUCACUCCACAGUCUUGCUGCCUUAAGAGAAAAAAUGGAGUACUUAGCCUGCUUGUUCAGGAGUUUUUCUUUAAAUGCCUCUUUAAAGCUCUGAGCCUUCCCUUCAUAUCAGAACCUUGCAUCUUCAUGAGGCACAUACUGUUUAAAAGUGUGUAUGUGUGUGUUUCUGUGAGCAUUUAUCCUAACACAGGAGCAUCAUUUCUAACAUUUAUGAUGAAGUAAUUACUAUUACAGAAUGAUAGUAUUCACUGUCAGUUAUGAUCAGAUGCAGGCAGUGUAACCUCGUUUGAAAAUCGAUGACUGUGUCUUUGUUUAUUGUGAUUUGAGCUGACACUGUGGGUGAAGGAGAGUAAAAGUCCAACCUGGUCGUGCAUAGACUCUGCACAGCAGUGGAGCUGGAAUAGCUUCUGGCUUUGUGUAUCUCUGUUAAUCAGCUUUCAUUGCUUUCACCACUGAAUGACAGGGAGACACAAAAGCAAACCCCAAGGAGAUGAGGGAGAGAAGAGAGAGGUAGCAGUGGCAAAAUGUGGUGAAGGCAGACAAGGUCAGAAAGCUCUGAAGGAACUGAAACUCUAUCCUACUGCACCAUUAACUGGGGUUACAGGGCUGGUAAUUCUGGAGCAGGUUUUACCUCUUUUUUUUUUUUUCUUUUUUUUUAAUAAAACCAAAAGCCAAAAGAAGGACCUGUUAUCCUGGAGGAGUAACAAAUACCUCAAAUCUUACAGAAGUCAACUUACACAAAAUUCUGACUGCUGUGGUCUCUUGGAAACAACACUACUGACAAACAGAUUAUUGACAAUACUUAGAGGAAUGUGUGUCAGUGGCUUUCUUUGUGUGUCUGUGUGUGGACUGCAAAUGUGUGUGGGGGGGUUUCAAAUCCUUGUGUGAGUAACAGCACAAAUACUUCAGUAGUACAAGUCUUACAUAAAAAAAUGAACAUUAACAUGAAAUGGAGUUAAUAUUAACACCAGCAUGGUGACUUUAAAAAGUUCACAGAUGAAUAAAGUUAGAAAAAAAGUGAUAAAAGUGAGGUUAGCGCCUGUAUAUUUUGGGUUGAGGUUUUUGCAGAUUUUUGUCAUUUGGUCUUGAUUUCAUAACAACAAUGUGUUAAUGUCCAAUUAGUUAUAUUAGGCCUUAGCUCAGUUAGUGAAUAGCUAAUUGUUUGUUAGUUUUUUUUAGCAUAUUCCACUAAAAAGGUAAUCUAUGAUUAACAUCUGAAUAGCCCAUUUGUUUUUUAACUGAUCUCUUUUAGGUUUGUGUAUUGGGCUUGUGUAUUCACUGAGUACAGUCAUAAUGUCCCCACAGUAGGGCCUCAGGUAAAAGCACAGUAAAGGCAUGCCUGCAAAGUGUGGUGUAGCCACACCUUGCAGGCGUGACUAGCCAUCAACCUGCAUCGUUAGCUAAUAGCACAGGCUGUUUCCAAGAGCAAUGCAGGAAUUCAAACUGCUGUUGCAGAAGUUUGGGCAGGAAGUGGUGUUUGUUAAAUGAUAGCAGUGACAUGGGUGGAUAAGGGGCCAUCUGAGUUAAGUCAGUGUUUUUCAACAUUUAUGUUUAGAUGCUGAGUUUUUGUGGUGGUCUCAACACAAUAGAAAUCCCUCUCACUGAAAAUAUAAUCAUUUAGUUGAAAAGCCUGUUCAGUCACAUUGAGCUGCCAGCUAACUUUAAAACCAACUAUGGUGGUGUACACCUCUGACGCAGUGGCAUAGCUGUGUUUUGAUAUGGCAAGCAUGGUCACUGACUGUGUAGAGUCAACACAAGGGGGGUUCUCCAUAGUGUUCAUAAAGGAUGUUGUGACUGUGUGAGAUCAGGUGAUCUGCAAUAUUGCACAUGUACACGUUUGUGUGGAUAUGUGCGAUCAUCCCAUUGCCCUGUUGGCUUAUUUGCUUAUUUUCUUCUUGAUUAUAACACAUUUGGGAUUACUUUGCAUGUAAAAAAGUAGGUUGUAUCACUCUAGGAGGUCCAAAUUGGCAAUAAACAACAAAGCAGUUCUGUAACUUUUGCUUUGGGUGAUCUAUUUUCUUGAUUCAUUUUUCAACUCGCAUGCCCUAAGCACAUUAGUUUGCACACUUUAGAUGGAUUUCAUUAAACCCAGCUUAUUUCUCUCUUAUGAAAUCUUAUUUUCAGUGGCUGUCACAAUGUGCACACAGGAUUUUAAAAAGCUAAUCUCAAACUUGCACAAUAAUUGCACUUCAUUAAAAAUCUAGGAAUAAACAAACAGCAUUUCUUGAGGCUCUGCAGGACUGCUGUUACACUGGCAGCUGCAAAAGGGACCAGAGAAUAAAUGGGUCUAUAGGGGGCUGAGUGGGGGAAGGGCAAGAUAGAUCAAUCACAUGCACAUAGCUGCUUUCUUCCAUCUACACCUACAGAUAAAGCCGUGCGGCUGGAUUGCUCCUUCGUCAUGGCCGUAAGUUCCCUUUAUGUCACCCCAAGGGUAAAGACAAUAUCACCUUUAGGGAAGAAUGUCUAGUUGCCAUAGCGUCCCAAAACAAUGCUGUCCACUCACAAUACCCAAGCCCUCACCCAAGCCCUGACCUCUGACCCUGCUCUGUCCAGCCCACGCAUCAGAUUUCCAGCCAGGGGCUGUUGCACCAGUGCCACAGAGAAACAGGCCCAGUAGCAGGUUAGACAUUUUAGAUUUCACUACCUGCUUACUGGCUGGUCAUGGGCUUGACUGCUUUCCUGAGACAAAAUGGCGAGAUACUCAAGAGUUGUAUUGAUUGCUGCAGUAUUGAUUUCCCUCUGGCCUGCUAUUAGGGUUGUUUUUCUUUGAAGAGCAAGAGAGAAGCAGCAAACCACAGUAAACUGCAAUGGAAUCUUGGUGCCAUAUUUUAGUCCCCCAUUUAGUCCCAUUUUAGCAGCUACACAGAGUUUUCCAUCAACAGUACACAGCCUUUGAGAGUGUUAGGAAGUGAGUAACACAAGCAGGGUUUGACUGAUGUGGUUUAAUGAGGUUUAGUAUCAGACUCCUGCAGAGGUUUCAUGAAAAAGGUUUAAUCAUCUGUGAUAUUCAACUUCAUUUGUACUUAAGUUUUAAUAUUUACUUGACAUUUAUCCAUGUGCUCAGCAAGAAUCAGCUUUGCAGGAUGCUUCAUGGUUUCUUGACUCACGAAUCACUUUUCUUUGCACUGAUAUUGUGGUUUCAAAGAGUUAUGUGCCUUUAGCCAAUCCAGAUCACAAAAAUCAUCUAUUAUCAAUACUAACCCAAUCAGAUCCACCCCAAUCCCAAACAAACACCCAAGUUUCUCAUUCCAUAAAGGCCCUAUGCUCAAAUUAUGGCCUGGGAGUGUUUCAUUGGUCACCACCGUAACUGUGUACUUGAAAUAAUGUCUUCUUGAGUCUGAGAUAGACAUAUGUCACAGGCGAAUGCUGAAUAAGAAAUACUGUAAGUCCCUAAUUGAGACCGGUGGUCUUUUCUGACCACGUGGCCGUGUGUCGUUAGCCAAGCAAAGCGUAAUUAUGCAGUGACAAUGAUAAGGCCCCGUUCGAGUGGCACGGGGCUGCAGGGAGUGUCGUUGGCCCUGUGAACAUGUAUCGAUGUCAGGGUUUACCUCAGGGGUGAGACAGCGAGGGCAGGGACUCAAAAGCUUCCUCCACGUGAGCACAGGCACAUGGCCGCUCUGUUUACAAACACUAUCCUGGCAUUCCGCACAGAGAGAGGCAAGUGAGAUGUUACGUAACUGCCCCAAAGCGAGUAGCAUCUCUUCCCGCCUCUCGUCCGAGUGGCUUCUCCUACGCUUGGACAACCUUGCAGAGUGCUGUUUUUCGCCAGUUUGGCUUUUGGGAGUUAAGAUGAACAAAAAGAAAUGAGGAGCUAAGGCCGCCGCGGCUGUGUUUGUGGUUGUGAACGUGGCGAGACUAAGAGUGGGCUUUUUUUUCUUAUGCUGAUGCUUCAGUGUUAGCGCAUAGCUCCUGCACAGGUGAAGGCCUGAAAAGUGCAAGGGUAGGGGAUUAAGGUUGUAGGCUGGGCACUUGAUUUCAUAAACUCUCUUUCUAGAUCCAGCUGUAAACCAUGUAAAGAUGGUUGCUGUAUUUUUGUACUGUUUGUGCAAUACGACCCAACACACAUGAACAGAUUUUGGUAAAAGCAAGUUUUAGUCCAAAUUAGUGCUUUCUUUUAUACGGAUGACCGAUUCACUGAGAAAACUUGCUCUAAACAGAAUUGACAAGAAUUUUACUGAUUAAAAAGAAACACUGAGAUAAUGAUGGAACUUUGAGGGAUGGGCAGCAAAAGUUUUAAUUGAUUUUACUCGGUUGAUCCUCAAACAUAGGUAGACUCCUGAAGAAUUAACAAACCUACAAUAGGCUGUCAAUAUGCAUCACAGAUCUUAAGAAGUGACUCAACCUCCUGCAAGGAUCUCGCCCCCUAGUAAGAGUCUCCUGUCAAAAUGUGUAGUGUCACUCUGUUCCGGUUGAAUCAAGAUCUUUGACAAUAAGUCGGCUUUUGUCACAGGUCUUAUUUUAAGAAAUAAUGCCUUCAGGACUAAAAGAGACAGUCCCUCCAUUGCUUGUCAAAAUGCAUCUCAUGUUGAAAGUUGUAAACUAAGAUAGAUGUAUGAAAAGGUGAAUCCAUAUCUAAAGCUCCUGUCUCAUGCACCAUCUCAUUGGGGUGCACAGUGAUCUAAACACAGCUCCUGAUGGCCAUCCUCUAAAAUGGCUGUCAGAUAUGAACGGUUUGGUUGCUUGGAGCUGUCACUGAAAAGGUUAGGCCCCAUGGCCCCCUGUUGCCCGUGCACGGAGCACAAAGACAGACAGCUGGUCCUAAAUGUCAUUUAGAAGCGUAACCCUACCGAAGGCUUUGAAUGACAUCACUAGCUACUUCUGAGGGCUCUGAGUGGCUCAGGCUCAAUAUUAUGUUUCCUGGGUGGAAUGUACGAGUGCAGCAGCUGCUGUGUUUCCAUGACACACAGCUUGGUGACUAUUAGAUCAGUUGGGUAAAUAUACUGUAUAUAAAGGUGGUUGAGUAAAACCUUGAAUUGUGAAUGCAUGCACUCCACCAUUUAGUAACAUGCAGCAUUCAAGUGUAAUUUCCAGACUUGCUGAACCACCAUUGACUUUUAGAAAACCCUUUAACACAAAACAAUCAAAUAGUUUUAAAUACUGUUGAUACAUAAUGGAUUGAAGGGUUUAUUAAUAUUUAUGCUAAAGCCAUAAGUCACAGAGAUGAUCAUUUAUUUAGAGAGAUUGGUGAUUUCCGUUCAGUGAGGGUCACAUGUCCUCUCAUUGGAGGGAAAGAGACAGCUUAGGAACAGUGGCUUUGGUAAGGAUGCCUAGAAACCAGCUGGGAAAGGAACAUGUCUGCAUUUACUUUUCAAACAACAAAAGAGCACAAAACAGAUGUUUCUUAUUCCAAGAUCCUCUAGGUAGUACCACAUUAUAUUUCUGGCCUUAUCUUCACUGACUAUCCUGCUUUUUACUCAAGACAAACUAUUAUCUGUAGCACAUUUGUCAACGGGAGUGAAACUUUCCUUUAUAGUCUGUCUGGUAUCACAUUACUACCAUGUUGUGUACCAUGUUUUAAUUCCCCCCAAUUUUCAACAUUAAUAUUUCCUCUGUGCUCUGCUCACUGCUCACCCAUGGGUCUGGCUUUAAUGGAACCUGGUUUGGAUUUGGAUCAUACAAACAAAGAGGGUUAUUUUCUUUUGCAAAUAUACACCAUUAUGUCAAAGCUUCAAGGUGAGUAAAAGAAACAGUGGGAAUUAUCGCAUAGCACUGUGCACAAGUUUUCUGUUUUGUAACAGAUUAUGUGCAUAAGAAGAUAAUAGUCAAUAGUAGUUGUUUUAAACUUUUGAAAAUACACAUUUCUAAACCAUACUGUAGUGCUAUAAGGUGCUGAGUGACACAAGAGCAAAUGUAGGUUUGUGGAUAUGUGGCAUUAUUGAUUUCCGGGCUGGAUCAAUGUGUAAAGCACAUGUGCACACCACUGCAAAGCAGCCUUCUCUGCAGUCAGCCGUGCAGGGCUAAUGUUUAGACCAGAUGGGCUUUGGAGCGCUCAUAAGAUGGUCACCAUGGCUACCAUGCACUCUGAAAGAAAUUAACUUUGCUGUGUGCACAAUUCAUCAGGUUAGUCAGAUAUAUUGACUGUUGUAGAGACAAAGGGUUGAGGGAGGAAAAAAAGACAGGCAGUGGAAGGAAAAAUGCAGCGUUAUGAGGGGUUGGGGGGAAGGUUAGUGAGUUUAUACGCUCAGAAGCCCAUCUCCUAAUUAGAGUGUCCAUGUGAUGCAGCUCGAAGGCACAGAGCAGGGUUUAGACUCCCAGUGUUAGCUUUGUACAGGGUGCUUUUUUUAACCAGGAAGGGUUUCUUCUUAGGUUGUGUUGAUUAAACAGUAAAAUUCAAGACUAACAGGUUUGUGAAGUCUGAUUCAGGCUAAUGUUCAACGACUAACUAGAAUCACAAUCACACUGUUGUGAGUAACUGGCUCAAAGAUAAGGCGCUGCUUCAAUGAAGUGGUUCCUGUGUUUUCAAGGGAGGCUGAUGGUCACUUCAUUCGAUCUGCAAUGUUUCUGAUGCUCAGCAAAGUAGUAGUUUAAGUUGAAGCAAAAAUAUUAUACUGUUAUGUCCAAAUAAAGAACAGUACCAAGAUAUACAGUGUGUUAUUGUUUAGUCUUUGUCUCUGUGGAGUCAAGCAUUAUUUAAAUACAGUUUAGAUCGAUGUCUGUAGAAAGAGUGGUGGUAGUAGUACGUGCUUACAUGAUGUGCUGUGUUUUCAGUGUUCCUGGAAUACCUGCCAAACAAGUUGCUUUACUAAAGCACAGAGGCGGAGUUAAUCUCCUACAACAGAAGCUGCUCAGUUACGCAAAACCUCUGAGAUCUCCUAAAACCUUUAAAGUUUCAGCCUCACUCCCCUUAUCACCAAAGUCCACAACCCCCUGUGUAAUUAUAUCAAACUAUAAAAUGUUGGAGUUUACAUUCAUCUUAAUUUUGCCUGGGAGCUCUUGGAUGUGGCUUGCUGUUUUAGUCCCAGUCAGUCUUUUUCUGUCUCCCCCAGUCCGGGUUUGUCUUUUUAUAUUUAGGGAGUCAUAACAAAAUCAAAACCACACUUUCUUUGACUGUUUUUUACUGGACUGUAGACACUUUUUUUCCUCUCUGUUUGACUUUGAGUUUCUUUUUUCAGCUAUAAAUAAUACAAAAUAAAGUUUUUAGGUAUGUUAUAUGAUAGUUUGCAUAAGCAAUCACUUUUUUAUUCAUUUUAUUCUAUUACAUAUUCAAACAUGUAUAAGAUGCAAAAAAUCUGAUUAUAAAGAUGCAAAAGGUAAGUCAGGAGAGGUCAAGAAUCCAACAUCUCAUACAAGGGACUCUGCCUUUCUUCUCCUUAUGUCUUGUCAAGCACACCAGUUGUUUUAGCUAACUCCAAAUGGACUAAAUCACCCUUUCAAAAAGCACAAUUUAAAAAAAAACUGUAUAUUUCCUUUAAGAGCAUAUGUAGACUCCUACAGGGCUGCCAGGGGUUUUGGUCAAUGGGAAAAAUAUCACAGUGGGCCCCACCACUUGUCCUUCACAAAUGCUUCGACAUGUAAGGGCUUCAUUCAGCGCCAUUGGGUUUCUAUGUUGAAUAUUAUUGACAAAUUGAGGGUCUAUACUACUCUGGCCUGAUAUAUACUCAACAACUGUGAAAAUCAUUAUAAAUAAUCAUUUCAAAAGCUGCUGCUUAGCCGUCUACAUUCCUAAAUCUCAUAAAUUCUGCAUCUAAGAGGUUUGCACUGGAAUCUAUUCAUGGAAGACCAAAAACAAAAGGCAGAGUUCAGCAAAACCUGAUCUUUGGACGGAUGUGGACAUACAACAAAAGAAGAAAAUGGAACAGUCCUCUUGCCUUCCUACCAUGAGGUCUGCAGUGGGACGCUACAUAAGCUGGCCACAUCUGUCUUGCAUUACACAUAAAGAACAAUGUAAAUUGUACAGAGCCCUUCUGCUUAUGCAGGGGGAGGAGGAGGCCCUCUAGGGAAGACAUUUCAAACAGAAAUGUUAGUCCCCUGUGUUUCUGUGAAAAUCUAUUAAUCUUAUCGACAGAUUCAAAGAAAAAUCAGGGUGUUUAGGGAUGUUUACAGUACAUGUAUUUUCAUGCACCAAUUCCAGGGAUUGGGAACAAUGUAAAAAUGAGACACAGGAUUUCUAGAAGAUGCAAACAUAACUGAUCGAGUCCUCUUGAAAAUAAAAGAUUAUCAUACACUCAGUCGGCGCGAGUGAGCCAUUUUUCAUCAGCAGUCAAAUUCUCAGGAGGCAGAUCCAACCUGCAGAGGUGGAUUCUUUUAGGUCAACCAUCAAAUGACUGAAACACAGAAAAGACACAAAAGCAGACUUCUUUGGCUUUGUGCUGUCAUGUGACACAGCCAUCAUUACAUCAGACUGCUUAGGCCACUGUGAACAUCAACAGGAAGUAGCACUGCUCUUCUUGACACGGAAACUAUACCUGAGGUUGUGCCAUGCCAAGUCAGAUUACAUCCUAACCAAGAAAUCCUUUUAAAAGGAUUUACAGAAUUAUAAAAAGUCAAACCAUGACCUCAGAACUUCAUUCUGUAUUAAUAAUGUUCACAUGUAUCUGAAGUCAGCCAGUGACCAACACAAAAGAUCGUCACAUCUUAAUCUAAUACAGAAGCUGUAAAAACUCAAAUGGGAGACAGAUGGAUCAAAGGCUAUUCAUGAGAAUAUCUUCAAGCAAAUAUAUGAUCAAAAACAGAGCUUAACUCUUUACGCUUCAGAUUUUAAGAGGAAGAGAGUUAGACCUUCUGGGAAAUACUCCUAAUUUUUCUUCGGACCCUGAUAGUUAGCCCAGAAGUCUGGCACCACCAUUAUUUCCACAAGGGAAACAACCAAACAAACAAAAAAUCAACAAGUGUGGCAACAACUCACCCGACUUUGUUCCUCCAGAGUUUACUGACCAACAAGAAUAUCUGGAUAGUUUAGUCAGCACCACCACAGAAGGGAAAGAAUCAAAAACUUGUGCCUCAUACACUGAACUUUUUCUUGGCUUGAAGCAGUGACUUCUAAGAACUGAGGUUUUUGAGUGCACUGAGUGAAGUAAAAAGCAUUUUUCUCUGACAAAGACAACUGUGAAGAAAAAGACAAAGCUUUGAAGCGUGUGUUCUCGGCGGUUGAAAAGGAUCUCUCUUUUCUGUUUCAUUUGGACAUUGCCUCUUUCUGAUACAAUCUGAAGUGAUAUCAAAGAUCUCACAUAUGAUGUUAAGGUUAUUUAUGGGUCAAAACAGACACAACCCAAGCACCCCCGAAAAACUGAUCCAAUGACCUGGUGCUCAUGUAAAUUCUGAGGUUUAUAAAAAGGACAGUAAACAGAGGGGUCUUUUGUUUCUCAAAGUGUCAUAUGGUCAGACUGAUGGAAAGAAAGUGAGGGAGAAAGAAGGCACGCACAACCAUGUGAGGUACAUUGUACACACUCUAUGAGUGCGCCAUGUGACAUAAAUCACAAGUGUGAGAGGCUUAGUAAGAUGCGACACAUGAAUGAACAUCUGUCACACACAGCCUGAUGGGUAUUGACUGUCAGUAGCAGCUAAUAUUCUAGUUGUGUGUGUGUUAUUUUGUGGGUCAGUCUAUCCCCGACUUUUCUCUACAUGUAUCUCCCUCCCUCUUGUAUACACAUUACUGAGUGAAUUGUCAAACAGAUGCCUUGUGUGUGCGCAAAUACUUCUCUUGUCAUUGCCAAAAGAGCUGACGCAAAUUACUGACAAAAACUAGAACUGAAACACUUUAAAGGUAAAGGUGUGGUGUGUGUGUGUGGUAAAGCGCCAUGACACCAGUGACUGCCGGAGCAUUUCAGUUUUUGAUUCCAUAAUGAUCUUUCAAAGAUACUCAUCUGUUUCCGCGCCUACAUCUCUGUUGUUUACAUAGCUUGCUGGAAUGUCGAGUUGUGAAAAUGUUGUCCGAGGUCAUGAGGUUUGCAGAGCAAUGGCUCUAUAUUUGCAAGGGGGAGAUUUGAACCACUGUAGAAUGCAAGUUAUCUGACCCAGUUGCGCUGGUAGGUGUUGCUAAGGAUAAGGUUUCCCUCUCAGCUCUUAUGUGCAGUCAGAACAGUCAGACUAAGUCUGUUAUCAUAGAAAUUCCUCACAGUAUAUCUGCAUUAUAAAACUAAACAUCCAUUAUCAAAAUUUAUCUUUAACAAGGAGUCAGUUUUAUGGCUUAUUUUGUUUUUUCAUUUUGUUUGGUAUAAGUAAUAAGUAAGAUCUCUGUUAAACUCGCAUUAUGUGGAUAUUUACUGUAAUCUAAUGAAGCUCAUACAUUUUCACUUGACCACUUAACUGUUUGGAUAUGAUCCAAUAAAGGUCUCUAGCUAGUGGCAAUAGAUUAUCUAAGGACAACAAAGUUUCAUUUUUAGUUUGAAAUGAUUAUUUGAUAAAGGGAGGACAUUAACUCACACCACAAAAUAGAUGUCAGAUAAGCUGAUUGGAUUAUUCCAUUAAUGCUUCUACGUUUAACUUUGAGUCAUUUAAGGCUAACAUAAGACAGGUUUGCGCUUACUUUCAUACUAUCUGUACAUGAUCAAUACCGUUAGCGAUGGAGAAAUAGCAAUGAUUGCCCAAUUACAAGCAAAGUUGCUGAGAGUAGCAGGCCAUAGUUCAUAUGCAGCACUGUCGUUGAAUGAUGUCAUCAGUGACUGGGAGAGGAGACUUUUGGAAAACCUAGCUGGGCUGCUAUCAUAUGAGAAGUACACCAUCUCUGACAAAGAUUCGUGAUGUUUCAAGAGGCACUGGAGUAAUAGGACUAACUACUACUACUACUACUACUACUAGCAACAAUGUAAUCGCAUCAAUUCUCACAGCUUUCAAGAAAAUCAGACAUAAUGCAAACUACAUAAAUGGUAAUCAGUCAUAUGCUAAAUUGUUGCAAUCAGUUUAUAUCUCUACAGAGCAUGAAAACGUUUUUUUUUCAUGGCGAAGGUUGUUAGUUGUUGGAGUUUUACCAUUUCUAAGUGUUUGGACAAAUUUAUAGUAGCUGGACUGGCAGCAUGCUCUGUGUCCUUAUCUGCCAAACAGGAAAAAGCUAAUGGGCUCAUUUCAGCAAAGAAAAGGAAACGUAUACUUGAGAUUACAUCUUAUUUUAAGUAGCAUUUAACCAAAGAGUGGUGAGGCCGUGUAAGUGUGUGUUUGAUUUAUAGUCCUCCCUUUCUCCCUUCAACAGCUAGACUCUUAAAUCCAGCAGCCUGUGUAUCAACCUGAAAGUGCAGAGACCGGAGUUUUCCCAGCAGCUGUCGUUAGUGGUGAAUGUCACAAGCGGCUGCCAAGUCACGCCAAAUAGACUCCAUCUACUAUGGCAGCUCUCAUAUUUCACCUGCUCUCUGUGGGAAUAACAAAAACACAGUGAGAGUCUGGUGCAUAAAAGUUUGUUACACCAGUGUUAAGAAAGAAACCAGACUGCCUGAGGACUUAGGGGGUACUAUCCAAAUAUCUAUGAUCUGAAUCCUGAUUUGGAAUUUGAUUUUGAUCAUCUAAAGAUUUGAUAGAAAAACAGAAACAAACUAUUUGCAUUCGAUAAAGAAAAUCUGUAUUUAAAAUAACACCCUCAACUGCUAAAGUAAAGACCGACUGUCAUAUGCAUUGAUUGCCACCCUUAAGUGACUCUUGUGCAAACUGUGUCCAUUGUUUUACAACACUGAUCACACUGUGUCCAAGAAUACAGCCUUGCUUCAGGCUUCAAAGCACUAAAGCAACUGACCAUCCAUAAAUCCCUACAAGUACAUAGCUACACAGGCAACAACUCUGGGCAAUGACUGUCUAGAAUUCAAUACCAGCAUUUAGCAGCCAGUGCCAUAACAUCACAGGCUAGAUGAUAGACUGAACAGGAGGGAAGUAGAUGAUAGCGGACUGAAGUACAGAGGAACCUGAAGUGUAAUUACAGGGCAGGGACUGGAGUUUAGGCUGUGGGAGAGGAAGGGAAACAAAACAACAGCAUAGAGGGGACAAAGAAAUUGCUUUCGAGAGGGAAGAUUUGUAGGGAAUCCAGUCCAGGCCAGGAGAGUUGAGUCAUAUAAACUGAAACAGAGGGCUCAUUUCCCUGGUGGACAUUAACUACGAGACAGAAAACCAAAAUAGAUCAAAGCCUUAUAACUUCCAGCAGGCGUCCACACUAAAACCACUGCUGUGCUGUUCUUCUGGUUUAGUUUAGUGCUCUACUUCUGGAGCUGAAAUAGAUCCCCAACCAGAUACUAAAGGGAAUGAAAGCAACUCUCCAAAUGUCCUCAUGCUUACAUUGUCAAAGUUGGAGUUACACUGUAGCAAACACAGUGAGUGUUUUUAUGUUUUUGCUUUUCUACAUGCACACUCAGCUGGGAUCUCUGGCUUUGUUCUAGGUUUGCAAAGAUUUUUUUUUUUGUUGUCAGUGUGGGUGUAUCCAACUGUGACAAGCUGCUUGGCUCCGUGCGGUCCUUUGUAAACCCCGGAGUGUACCGCAGGAAUGGAGCUGCACAGAAAAGCAGCUUAGAAACUAGUGUUCACCUCUUGACUAGGUUACUGAUUUACAGACUGCUCUAAGGGCCAGACAAAACAAAGGAGUAGUCACAUGGGGUCGGGAAGUGGUAUUCACCCGCUUAUCUCAUUGUUGUGUUUUCAAGGAUCAGAUGCUCUCUAUUUGAAAUGGCUGGAAGAAGGCGGGGGAAACAGUUGACUCUGUUUUCUCAAGAGAGGAGAAGAAUUCUGUGCAAAAUAAAUAGACCUGCUCAGAUGAAUGCUUAUUUUUAAAACAUAAGUAUAACGUAAGAAAAAUUAAUUCACCUUUUAUAAUUCUUUAUCACUACUUAUUUAGUCAAAUGUCUGCAUCUUCCUUGAAGUGCUUGGACUGAGCUUGGUUAACUGACACAGCAUGAUAAAAUGAACAGAUCUGUCACAGAUGGAGAGAUCCCAAUAUUAUGCGGUAUGAAGAGAUCUUCUGGAUGUACACACUGUUUGCUGUUAGUCAAAUGGAGCAGUCUGCAUUUCACUUCUUCCUCAUAUUUUGAUGUACUCAUUUGUCAAAGUAACAGUUCCAAUAACUUUGUGAUAAUAAUAGAGAGGUUUGCUGUCACUUCUAAUUACAAAUGUGACACUUGAAAGUCUGACAACAAUAAUACGCAGGUAAAGUCUGCUGCUUGUUGCCUGAGCAACUUAUAAGACUCUUGAUUUUGAAGGGUUUAAAACUGUAGGCAUACCGUUUAUUACCCAAACAUUUUUUAAUGCCAAAGCUUGUUGUAGAAGUCUUCUGAGAAAUUAAACAUUUUCACUUUGAUCUAGUUCUAAGGCUACAUCCUGUCAGAUUACAACAUUAAGAAAAGACAUCACUUGUCAAAGACGAAGACAUUCAGGUGUUUUUUAAUCAUUCAGGACCAAAAUAAUUUUGUGUAAUCCUCUUAAAUAAAAAUAUAAUUGUGUUCUAUUCAUCAAUCCAUCUCUGAAGACCCAGUCUGUUUUGCUGUUUUGUUUUAUAUGGGCCUGCUUUGGAUGUUGCUCUUUAAUUUUAGAAAUUUGUUGAUUCCUUUGUACCAAUUCUCAUCCUGUUGGAAAACUCUAAAAAAAAGGCUUUUAUCAAACUCCUAAACAAGAUAGUUUGUAUUUGACGUGAGUGAUUCCUGCUCGAUUCUCAGCACUCAAAACCAAAAGACACCUCUGAGGCCCUUUCCCCGAGUCAUUGACCUGAGAGCUGUCUUUGUUAGUGGUGUGCUGCUUCCCUCUCCUACCUGCUAACAGGCAGCUGGCUGCUCUGUUGUGACAACGGAGGGUGCUCCCAGACACCCUUGUAACAGCUUGGCUCGUUAGUGGGAGAUUUAACACUCUUACUUUGGGGGUCUGGAGGGCUGCUAAUGUCCUGGAGGGGGGGAUUGGCAGAGAAGCAGAUGAUUAUGUCUGCUAUUUCUCUUGCCUGGGCAGAGUUCAGUCUGACACUGGCCUCCGUGAUUGUCUUGUUACAGACAGUAGAGUUGGCCACAAUCACAUGCAGCUCACGUUUGUGCUGUAUUUGUGAAUUAUGCAAUCAGAUGGAGUGUGCUAUUUGAGAUGCAUAGGUUCAGUCACAUCAGAGAUACAGUACUUUUUACAGAAGUUUGUGUGAUACUUUGAUACUUUUGUAUCUGUAGAUUCUGACCGAUAUCACCAAUCUUUCGUCAGGAAUAUGUCACUAAAAGUGUCAUCAACCGGAGUUAAAAUUGUAUGAGUUAAGAGUAAUUACUCGUGUAAAAAGCCAUACUACUUGUGGCCAGCAUAAAUGGUGUACAUAUAGCGACAUUUUUUUUUUAAAAAAAAAGGUUACCAGACUUUGGAUAGAACAUAUUCUUAAAGAGGACAGCUCCUCUGACAGAAUCACAAGUGGUUCUGAUCGGUUCCAGAUGUGAUAAUCAGUCCCAAUGAUUAUGCCAAAUGAAACAUGCCAAACUACCUCAAAUAUUUAGCCUUUUUUUCCUUUCCUUCUCUCUCAAACUUCAGUCUCUGCCUAUGGUGAGCAUAAAGACAGUUUACAUUAAAUGGAGAGCUUUUGAGGGAAUCUAAAGCUGGUUCCAAUUAUGUUUUCAAAGCUCAUAUGGUAUAUUUUUUUCUCAACUUGACCACAGCAGGAGCAGUUGGGACCAGGUACUUCAUUAAGAACUCAAAAGCAGAGUAUUUACUGCCUCAAGUACACACACUACUACUGACUUACAUUUCCUGGAACAUAAAUCAGAAUGAUUACUGUUCGAUGAACUUUCUACAUGUAUCUGACUAUCAUAAACUUCCUUACCCAUAUAAAAUUAAGGGCAAAUGUACUUCUGAUGAUCUAGAAAACCUGUAUGUAGGUGGACAAAACCUCCACAAUGCCACAUAUAGUCUGGUGCAGGUCAAUAUCUUUUCUCAUGCUGAAUACAUAAAGAAAAAUAUUGCCCCAGGAUAUCCAUAAAUACAGUUCAAGAAGAUAUCUUUAGGAACAACAUCUUAAUAAAGUCGGAAAAUCUGUCUGUAUUGAGUCAGAAAGUCUCUGGCAAAGACAACAAAAAACAGAAAAUAAAAUGAGAUUUAAACAGAUGCCUGACAGAAUAGUGUGAUAGCAUUUUUAAAGGAAGAAGUAACAAUGAGUGGGAUCACAUGAAUACAAACAGGUUUUGGCAUAUAUAUUACAUGCACUAUCAACUGCUAAGCAUAAAUCCGCAUAAUUACAACAAUAUGGUUCUUUCUUCCGCAGAGCAGCUUAACACCCAAAACCACUUUUUCCUUUAGCAUUUAAAACUACAUCCAGGCCCCUCUCUGCCCAUUCCUUUAUUAUCUGCAGGAGUGUAGCUAAUAAUUAUGAUGGAUUAGACUGCGGUGCAUUGUGUCUGCACGCUGCGAUUGUUUUGCAGAUGCUGCGGAUGUGACAUGCAUUAAUAAUUAAGGGAGGCAGACAGAAAUCAAUGUUCUACUGGAAUCACUGGAGUCUGUUUGCUUCUGGCAGAGUGGGAGCACAGAAAAAAGAAACAGGCCCUGUGUGCUGCCUUACCCUCUAUAGGAAUCUCAUUUUCCAUACAUCAGUUUUAUUACUUUAUUAAAAAGCCGUUACUAAAACUAUGGCUUCCAAGCUAUAAAAAAGCUCUAGUGAUUCUCCAUUGUCUCUUAACUGAAGCUCAUUUUCAGUCUUACUCACCAAUUUUUCACUGACUUUCAGAAGAAGCAGUGAUUUAGCUACGCUCAUAUUUAUUGUUUGUAAAAUACUCACUUAAAGGAUGAAGUAGUUGUGUUGUUUUAGGGUAUACAGAUUGGUCAUAGGAGCCACUUCUUACAACACAAAUGUGUGUUUGAAUCAGACUGAUGAAAAUCUGAAUAAUUAAGUUAAUGCGGGAGAAAAAGUGUUGAGGUGACUUCAUAUUUUGCCCUCAUCAGUGUUAGUAUCCAAGCCUAACAAAGCUAACAAUUCAAAGGCCUGAAACAUCAUAUCUGACAUUACAAUGCGUGUGGGGUGAGGAAUACCAAGAGCGAACAGCUGACGAGCAGCCAACUCCUACCCCCAUCUACCAUCUGGGACAUAAACCUUUUAUCCUACUGCCCACAGCUGACUAUUGUGUUUCCUCAUAUCAAUAGAUACAGCUUUGAAUACCAUAACCUACAAAGAAUAAGCCCGGGACAAGUUUUACACCGUGAGAAAAUUUCCUCAACAAAAAUCCCAAUUUUGUAACAAUUCAUUUUAGUGGAGUAGGACUGUAGGAAAUAGACUGAGAUGUUUGUAUUGUGUGGUAUGAAUAUCUGUUAGAUUGCUAUGAAGCUGCUGGAAGGCGAGCUGACUACAAUAGUGUGUUUUAUAUCAGGGGAACAGCACUACAGAGAUGAAAACUGCACAAGUAGGCACCACCACAGCUGACAGGGGGUUAUGUACAGUUUUGGAAAAGCAUUUUUCAAGUUUUUGUUGUCUUUGUUGAGUGCCACAAAGAGGAACAUGCAACAACUUUAAAGCUUAGAUUUAAAACAAUGUAUUCGUAGCCCUGCCUGCAUACCUCUCUUUUUAGCUGUAGAUACAUUAUACAGAAAACAGUGAGUAUUCAGCCUGUUUGGUAAUUUUACAUGUAUUAUCCAUAUUAUUAUAUUAUUAUCUUAGCCUUCUAAUACACUCAUGGCACUGAAAAUACAACCACUUAAGAGACACCUUGCUUUGUAAACUGAUCAAGAUGAUGAUCUGGUCUGCAGUCGACAAACAUCACACCAGAGUAAUCUCUAGUUCGCAUCUGUAUCUUCUUGCUCUCUUUCCACUUUCUGUUUUUGGGUGGUAACUGAUACCUGAUACUUUGUGUUUCAGUUUGAGUGAACUGACCUCAAUACAUCUUCAAUUCACAGAGUUGCAGUUGUAUAACAAAAAAAAAAAACAAAUUUAGGUAUCACAGAUAUAUCACUGCUGUCUUAAUGUGAAACCCAGUAUUGAUCUCCAACUUUCUGCCUUCCAGGUCGGACAGAGGGCAGCCCUGUGGAUGGACUCUGAGCAGGCCAGAUGGAAACAGACCAGGCCAGACAUGAGACGGAAGAAAGUUUGAUAUUAGCGCAAUUUGGCUCAUCUCACCACAUCUCCGCUCACAAACUCCAGAAUGGAGGCCAGUCUUCGGAGGAAGAGUCGCUGCAGAUUACUGGAGAUACAAACUGGAACCAUUACAAGCCCAGUGUGGGUACCAACUCCAUGAAGAGGCACAGGGAGUCCUGUGAUAGCCCUGCUUCAGUGCAUGGGCUGUUCGAACAAGGAUCCUACAUGAUAAAUGGAGAUUUAAUGAACGGAGAGUUGAAGAAUGCACUCACUGAGCAGUCCCUACUGGUCCACCAAUCCAAAAAACUUAAAGUUAAUCCUGAGAUGAAAGGAAAUGACGGCUUGGGCUCCAGUUUGUUGGAUAACUUUCCCGAGAUAACAAAGGCAACAGAAUUUGAAUGCAAUACCCCACCGAUGGAGAUUAAGUUAGACAAGAGGAACUGUAGUUUUCCUAAUGGAGAUGUUUUUAGUUUCCCGCAAACCAAACAAGUUCCGAUUCCAAAUGGUGCUGUUUCACCCCCCUCAACAAUAGAAAGCACUCAAGGUGAUCUUUUGGAGAAAACUUUGUCUCAGUAUUAUCCUGAGCAAGUGUCAAUUGCACCACAAACAUCUAGGCCCCAGCUCGAUUCUGUCAAUGGUUCGACAGCUAAUAAGCCACCCAGUGAAGGUGCUCAACCCCCUUCUUUAACCUCAGGGCAGCCUAAUUCAGCUCAGAUGCCUGACUUACAGCAACAGCGGGCAUCAAGCAAUGUUGAAGGAGGCAACAACUUUAACCCUGUCAACUAUUUGGUGAAUGGGUAUUCAGACCACCACCAGCAACAACGGCAACAUCCACAGCAGCCACCAUCUUAUCCUGGUAAGGACAUGACUCUGGGUCAUAUGCCUGGCAUGAUCCCUCCUAGAAAUAUGGCCAAUGGCUCGCAGCAUCAAAAUGGUCCACAGUGCUAUCAAAAUGAGACCAAUCCUCCAGAUUUAUUUACUAAAUCCAAGCAGGAGUUUAAUCAGGACUCUUAUCUAGAGCGGCAUGCUCCUCUACAGGUAGCAGAAGCCGGGGGAUAUAGGUCCUUUCCUAAUUCUGGGAUGCAGAAGAUGGGGCAAAGUGAGGAAUCAGAGGCUGGUUGUCAUGACACUGACAGGGCUCCUAACUAUGGGAUUAAACCCCAGACCUUAAACCAAAAUGGUGGCAACCCAAGUGGAGCUGACAGUAUGGGAUCCACAGGUCCUCCUUCCCAGCAGUCACAGCAUUCUGGAUUAGAAAACGGGAUGGAGAGUUUGUCCCAGCAGAGAGCCAACUUAUCACGUCUCACUCCCCACCAGAGAGGAUGGAUGGAGAUGAACUCCUCAAAUUCCCAGCAGCAACCACCAAGUAGCCCAUCAUCACAGGCACAAGGGAAGGACAUGUGGAGAGGAUUCCCUGCAAAGCCUCAGUUGGAGCAGCAGACAGCUAACCUCCAGGUUCACUGCCAGAUGUUGGAGCCAAAUCCAGUGCAAAGAUUCCAGACACAGGGAGUUUAUACAGAUAGCAGCCAGGGGUCCAGCAACUACCAGCAGCAACAGCAAGACUGUCUCCCAGCUCAGACCCCAUGUGCUCCAGCUCAGCACAACACUGCCCCUGAGUGGCAGCAAUCAAAUUCUAAAGCACUGCAAAUGCAACAGCCUGUUCCUCAGAAAAUGCCUGAGCAAAGAAAAUUCCCCCCAAAUCAGCAAGCAGACAGCCGCUUCCAUGCCCAGAUGCAGUCAGAGCACUUAUCUGAAGAUCCUGACCUGCAGGAAAUACUGUCACCUGGGUUUUUACCAACACAGCCACAGCAGCAACAACAACAGCACUCAAAUCUUCAACGCCCCCUGUCUCAACCACCACAAUAUGAGGGGCAGCAACUUAAGUCCCCCAAUUACAGACCUCAUAGUCAACCCCACCCAGGUCAGCAGCAGCUCCAACAGAACCAGUCUCUUAGAAACAGCUCUAAUCAGCCCGUUAACCAACAACUCCAGCACAAUGACCAUGCAAUGUUCAGUUACAAUAACACAACAGAGAUGCAGCAAAUACAACAACAUCAAAGGCAUUACACACCAAACUCAGGCACCAGUAAUCUCAAGCAGUUUCAACCGCAGCGACCAAACAACCACCACCACCAGCUCAACCACAUGGACAUCUCACAGACAUCCGCACAGUCACAAUCUCAGUUACCACAAGGCGGUUUAAACCAACAGGUGUCAACACCAAUGUAUCCAAAAGCUGAACAGCAGCUGAAGGUAUCAUGUGCUCAGUUCCAAAGGGGACCUCGACUACCUCUGGGACCCCCGAGUCCCCAUGGAGAUUUUCAGAGACAUGCAGCACUGCGCAUGCAUCUGUUACAGAGGCAAGAGCGUCAAGGACCCCCAUACCCCACUCAGAGCAUCAGUGACUGUAAACAAGGCUUAAGACCUGUCAAAAUGGAAAAUGGGCCCAGGUUUGAGGUACCUAUUUCACAGCAGCAGAAUCCGCAGUUACAGAUGCAAGAUGCAGGAAUAGCUGGGAUGCAAGUCAAGCAAGAGAAUCAGCAAUCCUUGUGUGAGCAAAGCAAGAGGCAGGGAAGCAUCUUGGCAUCCAUGGAGCAAACCCUAAGGCAAUACCAGCUUUCACCAGUGUUUGAGAAGAAAUCUCUUGUCGUUAAUUCAUCAAAUAAAGUCAAGGUUGAAUCUUCUGGGCCAGUCACAAUCCUGUCAACCAACACUGACCUGAGUGGAGUAGAAUCAUCAGAAGCUUCUUCAGCCAAAAUAGCUCCAAAGAAACCCCCUGAUUGCACACCUAAGAAGGAACACCUGCUACAAAGCUUUAUGGACUCUCCUAUGAAGCUAUUAGAUACCCCAAUAAAGAAUCUGUUGGAUACCCCUUUAAAAACACAAUAUGAGAUCGCAUCAUGCCACUGUGUUGGUGAGUUUGGUAUCAGCAAUUCCAAACAUAAUGCAUGUUAACACAUCAUCUAAGUAAAUGUAAGUUGGUUUGUAAAUAUUAACAUUUACUCUUGUACACUUAGAACAAAUCAGUGAAAAGGAUGAAGGCCCGUACUACACUCAUUUGGGGUCAGCACCUAAUGUAGCCAGUAUACGGGAAUCGAUGGAGAAAAGGUCAAUCACAUAUUAAACUUACUAAGAAAAUGUUGUCAAAAUUGAGUGUGUUACAUAUCAACUUUGUACUAAUUUAAUACUUCUAUUCUGCUUCGAAGGUCUGGGCUAACAGGCCGUGCCAUCAGGAUUGAAAAAGUAAUUUACACUGGCAAGGAAGGGAAAAGUACACAAGGGUGUCCCAUUGCCAAAUGGGUGAGAAUAAUUUUUGAAUUUCUCAUUUGAGAAGUGGUCGAACUGGCUGGGGUCUCAUUUGCAUCAGAUGUCUUCAUUUGUACAAAUAUGUCUUAUGUUUCAGGUGAUUCGACGAGCCAGUGUCGAAGAAAAGCUACUGGUUUUGGUGCGAGAGCGUACUGGUCACACAUGUGAAACAGCCUGCAUCAUUGUGGUAAUUCUCGUCUGGGAGGGCAUCGCUCCCAGCCUGGCUGACCGUCUUUACGUUGAACUCAGUGACACCUUGAGGAAGCAUGGAGCUCUCACCCAGAGACGCUGUGCUCUCAAUGAGGAGUAAGUGACAGCAAUGCACACUUCACUUUACUCUGUGGGUUUUUUUUUUUUUUUUUUUUUUUUCAAUCAAGACACCAGUUCCCGAUAUGGUCCUGGGUUCAAAGUAUAAAAAAGAAAACCUAAGAAGUUUGGGUGAAUGGAAAUCAUCUUUUGUUCUCUCACUUCAGGAGGACCUGUGCAUGCCAGGGGUUAGAUCCAGAGGUCUGCGGGGCCUCCUUCUCUUUCGGCUGCUCCUGGAGCAUGUACUACAAUGGCUGCAAAUUUGCCCGCAGCAAAAUUCCGAGAAAAUUCAAGCUUCUUGGAGAUGAUGUAAAAGAGGUGUGUAAUGUGGAUUACAGAGAUCAAUCUUAAUAUGUGACAUGGUAAUGUUAGCAUUAUCUGCUUAUUAAGCUAACCUAAAAUUUUCUGCCUUUCAGGAAGAAAAAAUUGAUAGCAAUCUUCAAAAUCUGGCAACCUUAUUGGGUCCCUUGUAUAAAACUUUGGCACCAGAAGCAUAUGGCAACCAGGUUAGUGACAAACACUGCACUUCAAAAGUAUGCUUAAUGCAUGCAGUAAAUGAUAAACAGGCCCCUUGACACAGCUGAGAAAGAAUACUUGAAGAGCAUAUCUCCCAUUAAAGCUAAGACCUAACCAGCAAUAACAUCUUACAAGUAGCUCACGCAAUCUUAGGUCUUUUGUAAGUGCAAGAGGCAUUAUUAACUGCUGCAUAGAUAUUUUCACAGUUCAUCUGCACCCCAUACUGUCUUGUAACAACACAAUGUUAAUCAGUUAACAAUGGUAAAGGUGCACUGGUUAUGGAUGUAAGCUGUUAAAACAAUGGUUCCCAGACAAAGAUGAUACAGUCAUUAGGAAAGAUGAUCCCUUAUUCAAAAUGACCUUGUGUUUUCCCUGGACUCAGGUGGAACAUGAGCACAGGGCACCAGAUUGUCGCCUGGGGCUCAAGGAGGGACGUCCUUUCUCUGGGGUCACUGCUUGUCUGGACUUCUGUGCCCAUGCUCACAGAGAUCUACACAACAUGCAGGGUGGCAGCACUGUGGUAAGCUGAACUUUGGAGCUUAACAUGCUUAUAGGGGUGAAAUACAACCCAAAUUUCCCCCCAAAUUUUUUGUUUACACAGAAUUUGAUUGUUUACAAAUCACCUAAACCCUUUCUGCAAUUAAAAACCAACGCCAAGGCAACAUACCAAAUUUUGAAACUGAAAAAUGUUAUUUUUUUUAUGCUGACUUUGCCCACGCUAACAACAUGCUUUGUUGAGGUUAGGACAGAUAAGAUCAACCUUUAUUCAUCCCACGGCAACACAACUCUGAAAAAGUUGAGGUAUUAAAAAAAAUACACCAGGAGGAGCAUCUCUUAGUCUUUUAAGCGUAACUAACUAUGUUAUUACUGUACCUUGCAAAAAUAAAAAAAUAUAUAUUUAAAAAAAAGUUUUUACUCAAUUUCUGUGACAUCCCAAGGAAAAAAAAACACUCUAACCAUUCAUUGUUUUACAGGUCUGUACAUUAACAAGGGAGGAUAACAGAGAGAUUGGCAAGAUACCCGAGGAUGAGCAACUCCAUGUACUGCCCCUUUAUAAGGCCUCCAACACUGAUGAAUUUGGAAGUGAGGAGGGGCAGCAGGAAAAAGUCAAGUCAGGUGCUAUCCAAGUCCUCAGUGCCUUCCGCCGCCAGGUGCGCAUGCUCGCAGAACCGGCUAAGUCUUGCCGGCAGAAGAAACUGGAUGCCAAGAAGGCAGCUGCAAACAAAAACGCCAUGUUGGAAGCUAAUGAUAAGCAGGAGAAGGCCAUGCAGGCAAAGUCAAAAGCUGGCACUUAUGAGAAUACAACUCACAGCACUACUACGGCAGGUACAUUGUCAAUCCAAAUUAUUUAAUCUGUUUUUGAAAAGAUACCACAAACAUACUGCACAAAGUCAACUAAGCAAUUCGUCGAUAUUUUUGGUAUGUUUUUAUUGCAACUGCCUAAAUCUUUAUCUUCUGUUGGUUUAUGUCUAAGGUAUUGUUCCAGGUGCUGUAGGAGCCACUCUACAGUCAGGUCAACUAACACACCCUCUUGGGGCCCAUCAUCAGCAACUACAGCAACAACGGCACCAGAGUGUUCUCCCCCCUUAUCCUGGCUCAAAAAAUUCCCCCAGCUACCCCAGGUUCCCCAACCACCCAGGGUCAUUCCCAACCACUUCCAAGCCAGGAGGCAUGUACCCCCUUCAGCCGCCAACACCAGCCAAUCCAUACCCCUCUCCACUCCACGUACCAAACUCCUACAUCAAUGGAUCAAAUCGUCCAUAUCCAGGAUAUCAAUGUAACGGAGGAAUGCCCCUCGACAACUACCAUCCAUACUAUGCUUCAAACCCAAAGCACCUUGACAUGUAUCGACAACAGCGGCCAACCCUUUACUCAGAGCGGCAGUACGGUGUACAUCCACGUUACGAUGUUAACUAUCCGCCAAGGUAUGGUGAGCCAGCUUUACAGGUCAACGGUUACAGUGCUUGCAGCAUGAGGCCAGUACACCCAAUGAGGUCUUUUCCUCCUUUUGGUCCAAAUGGAGCCGCGAACCCUCAGUUUAUGGACCCCCUCUCAAGAGCACCUUCAGCUCAUGAAGGUCUUGACUUUACAGCUGCUGUGAGCAAAGGAAACCAGUUUGGAGGAUACCCAAGUCCUUACCUAUCUCAGAGCCCUCAAAUCUUAGGCCCAGGCCAAGAUCCUUUUCAUAUGCAAAUCAAAACAGAGAUGGGUACGCCUGGCCCACAGAUGCUUCCUGCUCAGUUAAGUGGUGGGUGCUUAAACCCUGAAACACAGUUAGGGUUAGGUUUACCAAAUGGUAUUAAGCCAGAGCCUGGAACACCACAGACACCCACAACUCCACAAAAGCCUGAGCUGUGGUCAGACAAUGAGCACAACUUCUUAGACCCUGAUAUUGGUGGUGUGGCAGUGGCACCAACACACGGCUCGGUCCUCAUUGAGUGUGCAAAACGGGAGCUCCACGCCACAACCCCCCUCAAGAACCCUGACCGCAACCACCCGACACGCAUUUCCUUGGUCUUCUACCAGCACAAAAAUAUGAACGAGGCCAAGCAUGGUUUGGCCCUGUGGGAAGCCAAAAUGGCCGAGAAGGCGAGAGAAAAGGAAGAAGAUGCCGAGAGAAAUGGGGGUGAGGGGACACCUAGCAAGAGUAGCAAGAAGGGGGUGAAGCGAGAACACCAGGAGUCAUCAGAAACCAUGGGAACACCUCCUUACAAGCGCUUUAUCCAGGCACUUAUGGAGGGGUCCUUGUCAUGCACAACAAACACCUUUGUCAGUUCAUCUCCAUACGCCUUCACCAAGGUCACAGGGCCUUACAGUCAAUUUGUAUAGGAAAAAAAUCAUGAUGAAGAAAAAACUGAAGGGGGUAUUUGUGAGAAACAUUCAUCACAAGCACCACUAGCCUUUUCUAAACACUCCUUCCUGUUUAUAAGAUUAGUCACAGUGUUGGGUAGUAAAAGGAACCUGUGAUUAAAUGAGCUAUGGAUCAUCUUUUACACCAGGUCUUUCACCUUUUUAACAAUCAAGCUUUACCAGUCAACCCACCUCACGAUGUAUUUAUUUCUCUGUCAAAUCGAUGGUGCUCUCAGUCUGACACACAAGGACCUAUUUUUGGUGCAAGCAAAGUUUCAUUUUGAUUGCUUUGGUUUACUUACAAAAAUUUCCGAGAUGCCAUAUUGACACAAGACGCCGACUUUGUUAAUGACAAAAUUCAAGGUGCUAUAAGUGAAUUCUUGAAUAUUUCAAAAUAAUGCCUUUACACUAUAACCACAGCAGACUCUACCACUGAAAAUUCAUUGAAUACUUUUGUCAAUAGGGCACUGAAAAUAUCAGUCUACUGUCAAAUGAUUUGUGGCAGGUCAGUGUCUCUUUGAGCACUUACAACAAAACAGUUAAGUGAUUUGCUAAUACCUUUUAAACUAUAAAAUCUGGUUUUGCAGUUCCUUACAUGGAAUAAUUAAUUUAUAAACAUCAACUAUUAGAUCUGUGGCAGAGGGUUGUGUGAUCAAUCCAGAAAACUGUUACAAGCUCAUGCAAAAAUAUUUUUUUAAACUAGCAAUGUUAUGGUGCUUCUCUCACAAAGUUCUCUUUUACUUUCUAAUGUCAUUUAUACUGUAAAUCGAGCCAUUCUAAUGGUGAAUUUUUAACAUUUUGAGAAAAAAAAAGACACAGUGGUGUUACUUUAGUUUUUCCAGGUUCACUAUGUUGUCAGUGACUGUUUUUAAUGUUCCUUACCUUAGGUUCAAUGAACAAACCUGGACUGUGAAUAUUUCAUGUAGUUUUAUGUCUGUGGUGCUUAGUUAAUGUGCUUUUUAUACACUGAGGAACAUAAAACAGGGUAAGCUCAGCGUCAGUUUCGGAGGGCAGCUGGCUUGCUGUGGGGUCUUUAAUUAUUGCAAUCUAACUGUAAGAUAAACAGAUGAGAUUUGUACAGUAAAGUUAAUUUCCCUUUUGGAAUUAUGUUCAUAGAUUUUGUGUUGUAAAGAAUGCUAACAGCCUAUUUCAUAGUAUUUUUGGGGGUUUCAGCUGAUUUCAUAUCAUGAGGUGCUAUACAACCUACUAGAAACAUACAAUGUGAGACUCUUUAGGAAAGGACAAGGCUUUUUAAUAAUGUACAGUACAAACCUGUCAUAUACCUCAAAACUACUUUGGCAAUAGGAUAAAAAAAAUGUUUUAUUUUUUCUUCCUUUGUGUUACUUUUGAAGUGUUAAUAACAGCUAAACUUCAGGCCACCAAAAGGCAGAAAAGUUCAUUCAUUGCUUUCGUAACAAUCCUGUCGAAAGCAUUUUUUGAACUUGAAUCUUUGAUGUGACUGUAAAAUCAGGGACAUUUUAAUGUCAUCUUUUUGUACAUUUUCAUUGCCUGUAUCCAUCUUGUUGUUUCUUGCAUUCAGGUAGCUACCUCUGCAUCCUGAAUCCAAUUACUGUCUUCUACUCUUCAGCCACAAAAAGAAAAUGUCCUUCAAAAUUCUUUUUUUUUCAUGAAAUUUUGCCUCUACAAUGUGGUAAUCUUUUAAAAGUAGUUUGAACUUGUGCACUGAUUUGACUAAAGGGAAACUAUGAUGAAUUAAAAAAAAAAGCGCGUUUGCUUUUGCUUUAAGGCACGACUGGGGUAAUAAUUAAAUUAGUUGCACAACUUUGUGCCUGUUAAUAGUUAAAUUUAUUUAUAACCACUAAGCAAUUGUGAAAUGGUUUAAUUCCCCUUUUUUGAUUUAAUUAAUGUGAUAUAAAAUGAGAAAAAAAUGUCAUGUUGUAGUAACUAUCCCCGCUUUUCGUAACAUUUUCAGUUUCUGAAAGCACUUCAUUUCUUUUUUCAGGAAAAAAUGUGUAACAAAGAAUUACAAAUCAUUUUAUUUAAAAAGAUUGUAAAUGUGUUAAAAAAUAAAUUAUGUCCUUUGUACAUACCGAGAACCUGUAUUGCAGAAAUACAGCUCAAUCUUUUAGGUUGAUUAAAGUUCAUCAUGUUUUGUCAAAUAGACCCACCGCACCUCCAUCAGCAAUUGUCACAUUUUCAAAUAUCCCUCUGACUCGUUCAGGUUUUUAAAUUAUGUUAGAUUAUUCAGGAGGUCUUUGUAAAUCUGUGCUAACUCUCAAAGCAAUGUUUACAGUUUCAGUAUCCUGUUUGCUCAGACAUAAGAAGUCCUAGUUUUAUCUUCCCAAGUGUUCCAGUUUUGUAAAAUAAAUCUUUAGAAAAAUGUCAAAUAUUGUUGUACAGAACCCAGCUACAGUAGCAGGUUGUGGAUGAGAGAGAGGAGGAUUGUCUGAGAUAUAGCGGGUUGAAAGCAUAGCCAUACUUGAAGAUGCUUCAGAGUGUUUCUGAGUGAGUCAACAUUACUUGAAUGACUUUCUGGGCUGAACUUGUGCUCUACAUGUGCUCAGCUCAAAAGGUUCAGCUAGCAGUUGAUACACACUUGGUCUUUUUUUUUUGCAGUUUGACACUAAAGGUAUAAAGGUGCAACUUUUUCCUGUUAUUUUAUUUUUAAGGCUUCCCUUGUUCUCCUGAAGUUUGGUUUGCUACAAAACAAUGGAAUAAAGGAUGGAUAUUAAUACUGUAAGUAUUGUAAUGUACUGAAUGCAGUUUAUUUGAAAGCUGUUAAUUAUAUCAUUCCUGAUAUUGCUGAGAUAUGGGUGUUUUUUUAAUAAAAUUUAUAUUUAUUUAAAGCAAUUUGAUUUGUUUCUCCAAGUCAAUACUGAUAUCCACUGUCUGUACAUUAUUGGGCACAUGUUGAAGAUUUUGAAUGAAACUAGAGAAACUUUGUCAUGUUCACACCUUGUUUUUUAUUUGUCCAAACAGAAUUCUUCCACAUUUUGACAUAAUGUGUUUGUGAUUGAAAGUAUAGGCUGAGUAACUGAAUACACUCUUAAAGGAAUUUAUUAUAAGAGCAUGACUUUCAGUGUUAAAUAAGGCUUGACAAGGUGCUACAGCUCAUAUACAACAUUAUUUACAAUUUAAUAAAGAGGUGUAAUUUUGGUGAUUGACCACCACAUUUUAAUUCAACAGCAAAUCAAUUAGGUGUUCAACAUGACACCAAAAACAUUAAUCACAUCUUGUUCCUGAUAUUACAAAGUAAAAAUGUUUUAACUUAGAUCCAGUUGCAUGUAAAAGAUGCAACUGCAGUCGUCAAAGGACUUUUGUUGGGUUCGGUAAAAAGUUUAGGCCUUUAGACAAAAUGCCAUUUGUCCACUGUCAAAGAAAAAAGUUGAAAAUGAAAAUAUGAACUUUCAAAGACUUUGCUCCAUGAAUUUACCACAUUUGGUGCAGAAACAUCUUUAUUUACUUACCCUCUGCAGGCACAGGUUUUGUGCUGCCAAGUGGAGGAGCCUAGAGUGUCAAAUACAACAGUCACCAAACCUGGCUCUGAUCCAGUUUGAUAAAGUUCUUUCUGUGUGCUUUUGUUAACUUUUUGUUAGCGCAUCAAUGGACUCACCGAUUGGACCAAACAUUUGGCCUCUUCAGAGCUACAAUUAAAAGGGCUCUCACCACAGGAGGUAUUUUUGCUGAAUGAGAGACCAAAAGCAUUGGUGUUCAUUACAUUUACACAGUCAAUUACUCAUGUUCAUAAUACUCACUGGACUGCAAACAACUCACCAGUCAAUGCCUCCACUGUUGCUCUGCUUCUGCACUAGUGCCCUCCAGUGCUCAUGGGUGGACUUGAUGAUCUGAACUGCAAAGUCCUUUAGAAUUGACAAAGGCCAUCAGAAAAGUAGACUCUUCUCAGAGAGUAUUAGGCCC